AUGGCAGCGGUUGAGCAUUUCAAACUCCAGUUUUCAGCGGUCCCCUGCGUUGAUCAGUCCCACCUGCUGGACUGCAUCCCGCCCCUAAUCUCUCAGCAAAUAAAUGACACCCUGCUGGCUGAUCCGUCCUUGCUUGAGGUCCACCAAGCAAUCCUCUCCAUUCCAAAGGAGGCUGCUGUUGGUCCGGAUGGAUUCUCAGGUUCUUUCUUCACGGGAUGUUGGAGCAUCAUCGUUGAUGAUAUUCUUAAAGCAGUUACGUUUGUGUUCCAUGGCGGAGCUAUCCCGAGAGCAGUUAAUGCCUCUUUAAUCUGCCUGAUUCUAAAGUCUCCUGCGCCUAGGAGCUUCUCGGACUUCCGGCCAAUAAGCCUCUGCAACUGUUUCUAUAAAAUCAAUGCCAGAGUAAUUGCCUCCCGGUUGAAUGCGAUCCUACCUUCGCUGAUCUCUCCUGUGCAAGGAGCCUUCAUCCAAGACCGUCCAAUUUCCGAAAACAUUGCGCUGGCCCAGGAACUUUUCAGAGAUAUUAAUAGAAAAACCAGAGGUGGGAACUUGGUACUCAAGAUUUACAUGGAGAAAGCAUAUGAUAGGAUCGACUGGGGAUUUCUAAAAUCUGUUAUGGCUCGUUUUAGGUUCAAUCAGAGGGGCCUACGUCAGGGAGACCCUCUGUCCCCAGCCCUUUUCAUCAUUGGUGCAAAGGUGCUCAGCCGUGGGUUGAACCGGCUCCUGUCCCAUCAUCAAGUCCUUCCGUUCAAGUUGGGAAAAGGUUGUCCUCCUAUAUCUCACCUUCUAUACACCGACGAUACCCUUCUUUUCCUCAAUGGCAGCAUUUCCUCCAUCAAAGCAACAAAGAAAUUUCUGGAUGAUUACCAGCAAACUUUGAGACAAUCCAUCAACCACAGGAAGUCCUAUUUUAUAUGCUUGAAAUCCACCUCCCUGGCAAGAAGUAGAUUGAUCGAGAGAACCCUAAAUAUUGCCAAGUCUGAAGGUCCAUUGACAUAUCUGGGGGUGUCGAUAGCGGCUGGCAGGCUAAAAUGCUCAGCUUUCCAACCUCUUCUGGACAAAGUGAAAGGGCGUAUCAUGGGCUGGCAGGCGCGUUUCCUCUCUCAGGUGGGGAGAACUGUUCUUAUCAAACAUGUCCUUGGCAGCAUUCAUGUCCACUCUCUUGCCACGGCUCACCUCCCCUCGCAGGUUCUAGCCUCCCUAGAAAGCUGUUUUGCAAAUUUUCUUUGGGGAUGGGCUGGCGGGAAGAACAAACUUCAUUGGAGAAGCUGGAAGGCCGUUUCUCUCGCCAAGGAAGAAGAUGGGCUAGGGAUUAGAAAACUGGUUGACAUCAUGACCUCAUUUAGACUUAAGAUGGCUUGGGACAUCAGGCACAAAGAAGACUAA